AUGUUGCGUAAUUUUCUUGAAAGUGGUCAAGAAGGGCGUGAUGGUGGCGGAGCAGCAUAUUUGCUGCAUGGAUAUUCAGGACAUGGUAUCUACCCAGCCACCUCACCACAAAUUUACAAGUUCAUACCGACAAAUGUAACCGAAAUAACAAAACCAAAGGCGAAAAUGUACGAGGCUGGAUUUGUAUUUGCUGUUCGAACAAAAGAUACAGUAGAACAAAUUUUAAAAUGGUACGUUCUCUGCGCACUAGAGGAAAAAUGUAUGGCGGGUAACGGCAUGGAAUCACUUGUUUGUAUUUUCACAAAUCGUUUUUCGGGUAGCCCACAGUGCCAUAGGUAUGUUCUCUGCGCACUAGAGGAAAAAUGUAUGGCGGGUAACGGCAUGGAAUCACUUGUUUGCAUUUUCACAAAUCGUUUUUCGGGUAGCCCACAGUGCCAUAGUUGUUCUAAAUUCGCUUGUCAUUGCACUCCUUUACGAAAUGAUUUUAUUGUCCAUUUUUCAAUUUAG